AUGCCUGGCAGUAAUGAGAAUCAACCACUUACGGGGCCGACUGUUGCAGCCAAAAAAAGUAGAGCUGCACCAAGCAACCCAACAACAGCUUCUGGCCAGGUCGGAACAGUUCGACCACCUGUGGCAGCCAAAACAAUGACUCCAGCUUCGAAAACCUUGAAUAAAAAUCAGACCAAGCAAGUCCUGCAAGAGAAGAACACAAAAUUUGAGGAUGAGAAUUCUCGUCUCAGAGCAAAGAUCUUGCAACUUGAGGAGGCUGAACGGGCAGCAAAGCUCAUGGCCACGGAAGCAGAAGCUGCCAAAAAAGUUGCAGAAGAGAAGAUCAGAAAUUCCCAUGUGGAUCCAAUGCACGAGCUCAUGCAGAAGCCCACAACUGCCGAAAUGAGAGACUUGGGCAGCAGAGGUCGUCUGCUCAAGGCAAUGAAGCUUGAGAAUAACAAAGCAGAAUAUCUGGCCAUUCAGACCUCAGUUCACGAACUGUGCUCGCGCGUUGAUCUGGACUUUGGGGUGUUGUACAAUGCACAACCAACAUCGAACCUGGCAAAACUAUUUAAAUUGGCACGACAGGCCCAUCCUCACCUUGAAAAAUUUCAGAAUGAUUGGGCGACAGCGGAGUUGGUCAAACAAUUUCUGCAGAACAAACGAAAGGCCAACAAGAAGCGAAAGGCACACACAAUUGCAGGCACUGAAAACAAUAAACGGAGUCGAUUUGACGACUCAGACAACUCGGACGGAGAUGAGGUAGGAGACGGAAGUGGAUCUGGUGAGCGUGGGAUAGCAGAUGAUGAUGAUGAUGACUUUGGCGCUUGCUGA